AUGCUGUUUCGGUCGAUCUUCUUCCUCCUUGCGGGCUUGCACCUAGCGGCAGUCCUCGAUGCCUCACCAAUCACCGUGGACAACAGCGACUGUGUUGAGCAGACGCUCUUCUGCUACCAAUCCGGCCAGACCACCACUCAGAAAAUCAUCGACGGAGCUGUCGACAACUUGUGCAAGAAGUACGAUGGUCUCGAUCUAGGAGGGAGGCUCCAAGCAGCUCCGGACUUCUACAUCAGCCCGACCGGUCACCACAUCGGCGCGGAAGUCUCUCGUCCUGGCCCUGUCGUGCCCGACUGCGACUACAACAUCACCUACAACGCAUGCAAGCGCUGGCUUCCAAAGCCAUUCAAUGACUGCCCGACGCAUCAGGGCGGCAAUGUGACGGAAGAUCGCUGCGGUCUCAUGUGGCUCAUUGAUCCGGACGUCUUGGGUGGACAGGAUCUGUCGAAUGCUACGACGACGAAGAAGGACUGCAAGGAUCCGAAGGCUACAACACUCCCUACCUCUUCCUCGAACGUCAUCAGCGCCGAGGGCUUGGGAAACUUUACUUGGGGCGUUCCAGGCAGCAAGAUCUCACUCAAGCAUCCAAGAGACCUGUCGUACAUGGGCGACUGGGACCAAGACGGUUGCUACGACUCAGGCUAUCAGCGAACCACCAGCGACUUAAUGCAAGCAGCCACAAGCUUCUGCAACUACUUCAACUUUCAAACCGUCAACCCAGGCUGGUACCUCACCAUGACCUACCACAUGUGCUACGACGAUCACUUGGAUCACAACUGGUUGACUCUCCAAGUGCAAGAGGGCUCCGAGCCACUUUGUCUGGUAUUCGCCCAAUGUAUGAUCAUGAUGGAAGACUUCAUCAAGAAAACCUGCGACGUCGAAGACGGGGGAGAUAAGCAAGGAGGCUGGGCUUUGAACGAUCACGGCUAUAUGAUCAUUGAUGGCGACCCAAAACUUCACGACAACGAAAAGCAAACCCAAGCCGACCUUGACUGCGCCGAUGACGAACAGCUGAAGGCCCUCAUAACAGCACAUCCACCACAGCGCGAUCACCCCCACGACGACUUUGAGUGUCCCAGUCAUUGA